AAUGUAAUUUCUUGGCCCGCCAUAUUUUACCUGUAUUGUUCGGUGAAGUUCCGUGGUGAUUUCCAGUUGACAAGACGGGAAAGACAGUGUGUUUGUAUAAGAUCUGAACUAGUAAUCAAUAUGUCAAAACCAGAAGACAGCAUGGAUACAGGUGACACUGGGGAAAAUUCGAAUGCUUCCUCAGCCGAUACACUGUCAUCCAGAGGCAAAACUGAGGACUAUGAAACAAAAGUUGAAACAGAUCGGAGUAAACGGUUUGAUUACCUUCUAAAACAGACAGAGAUCUUCACGCAUUUCAUGUCCAACAAUCAACGAGACAAGCCACCAUCAAGUCCGCUAAAGGUGAAACCUGGCAGACCAAGAAAGAAUCCAGACCAACCAAAAGGAGACCCUGGAGCAGGAGAUCAUCGUCAUCGAAAAACAGAACAGGAAGAAGAUGAAGAAUUGUUGGCUGAAACAAAUUCAAGUAGGAGAACGAUUAUCAGCUUUGACCAGUCUCCACAUUAUGUAAAAAAUGGAGAAAUGAGAGAUUAUCAAGUGCGAGGACUCAACUGGAUGAUUUCGCUGUAUGAAAAUGGCAUAAACGGAAUCCUUGCUGAUGAAAUGGGUCUCGGUAAAACACUGCAGACAAUAUCAUUGCUGGGAUACAUGAAACAUUACCGGAACAUUCCAGGACCACACAUUGUCAUUGUUCCAAAGUCAACACUUGCCAAUUGGAUGAACGAAUUCAAGAAAUGGGUUCCUUCUUUACGUGCAGUGUGUCUUAUAGGUGACCAGGAGGCUAGGAAUAUUUUCAUAAGGGAAACGCUGAUGCCUGGUGAAUGGGACGUGUGUGUGACAUCAUAUGAAAUGGUAAUCAAGGAGAAAGGAGUAUUCAAGAAGUUCAACUGGCGUUACAUGGUUAUUGAUGAGGCCCACCGUAUCAAGAACGAGAAGUCAAAACUCUCCGAAAUUGUUCGUGAGUUCAAAACAACGAACCGUCUCCUGCUGACAGGAACACCUCUACAGAACAACCUUCAUGAACUUUGGUCACUUCUCAACUUCCUCUUGCCAGAGGUCUUCACCUCAUCAGAUGACUUCGAUGCAUGGUUCAACACCAAUAAUUUCCUUGGAGACGCAACUUUAGUGGAAAGACUUCAUGCUGUUUUACGGCCAUUCUUGCUGCGUCGUUUAAAAGCUGAAGUUGAGAAAAGAUUGAAACCAAAGAAAGAACUGAAAAUUUAUGUUGGACUCAGUAAAAUGCAAAGAGAAUGGUAUACAAAGGUGCUGAUGAAGGAUAUUGAUAUUGUGAAUGGUGCUGGCAAGAUAGAGAAAAUGAGACUGCAGAACAUCCUCAUGCAGCUGCGGAAGUGCUCCAACCAUCCAUAUCUGUUUGAUGGGGCAGAGCCUGGCCCCCCGUACACAACAGAUGAACAUCUAGUUUACAACUGCGGUAAAAUGGUUAUACUGGAUAAACUACUUCCAAGGUUACAAGAACAGGAGUCGAGAGUUCUCAUAUUUAGCCAGAUGACCAGAAUGCUAGAUAUUCUGGAGGAUUACUGUCAUUGGAGGGGAUACAGUUAUUGUCGUCUGGAUGGACAGACACCCCACGAGGACCGGCAGAGGCAGAUCAAUGAAUUUAAUGCACCAGGCAGCGAGAAAUUCAUUUUUAUGUUGUCGACAAGAGCUGGUGGUCUUGGUAUUAACCUCGCCACAGCAGAUGUUGUUAUUAUAUAUGACUCUGAUUGGAAUCCCCAGAUGGAUCUGCAGGCCAUGGAUCGAGCUCAUCGUAUUGGGCAGCUGAAGCAGGUGAAAGUAUUCCGUCUGAUCACAGAGAAUACUGUCGAAGAGAAGAUAGUGGAGAGAGCAGAAGUGAAGCUGAGACUGGACAAGCUUGUGAUCCAACAAGGUCGUCUUGUGGACAACAAACAAAACCAACUAAACAAGGAUGAGAUGCUUAACAUGAUCCGCUAUGGGGCAAACCAGGUCUUUGCUUCUAAGGAUUCAGCCAUAACCGAUGAAGAUAUCGACACAAUUCUCAUGAAAGGAGAAGCAAAGACAGAGGAAAUGAGACAAAAGUUGGCGGGUAUGGGAGAAUCUACACUUAGGAAUUUUACACUGGAUGCACCAGGCACAGACUCUGUCUACCAGUUUGAAGGGGAAGAUUAUCGAGAGAAACAGAAAAUUCUUGGCAUUGGGAACUGGAUUGAGCCCCCGAAACGAGAGCGAAAAGCCAACUACGCAGUGGAUGCUUACUUCCGUGAGGCUCUCCGUGUUUCAGAACCAAAGGCACCAAAGGCUCCACGACCACCUAAGCAACCAAUUGUUCAAGAUUUUCAGUUUUUCCCACCCCGGCUGUUUGAGCUGUUGGAUCAGGAAAUUUACUACUUCCGGAAAACAGUCGGUUAUAAGGUUCCUAAGAAUCCAGAACUGGGGUCUGAUGCUUCGAGAAUUCAAAAAGAAGAACAGCGCAAAAUAGAUGAUGCCCAGCCACUCACAGAAGAUGAAGUUGUGGAGAAAGAAAAGUUGCUCACACAGGGUUUCACAAACUGGACGAAGCGUGACUUCAAUCAGUUCAUUAAGGCCAACGAGAAGUACGGAAGAGAUGACAUUGAUAACAUUGCCAAGGAUGUGGAAGGAAAGACUCCAGAUGAGGUGAUGCAAUACAGCUCUGUAUUCUGGGAACGGUGCCAUGAACUACAAGAUAUUGACCGUAUCAUGGCACAGAUUGACAGGGGAGAGGCCAAAAUUCAGCGACGAGCCAGUAUUAAGAAGGCACUGGAUGCCAAGAUGGCCAGAUAUCGUGCCCCGUUCCACCAGCUCCGGAUAGCAUACGGCACUAACAAAGGCAAGAACUAUACAGAAGAGGAGGAUAGGUUUCUUGUAUGUAUGUUACACAAGCUUGGAUUUGACAAAGAAAAUGUUUAUGAAGAGCUCCGGGCAGCAGUGAGGAAUGCUCCUCAGUUUCGUUUUGAUUGGUUUAUUAAGUCACGGACAGCAAUGGAGUUACAACGUCGAUGCAAUACGCUUAUCACACUCAUAGAGCGAGAAAACCAAGAACUAGAAGAGAAGGAAAGGGCUGAGAAAAAGAAGCGUGGCCCCAGAGGAAGCAGUGGGGCGGGAGGAAUACCUAACAUGGGUUCGGGGACCGGAGGUGGCAGUAAAGGUUCACAGAAACGCAAGAAUGAAAACAUUCCAACACCCGAUAUCAAGGCUGCUCGGAAAAAGAAAAAGACAAGUGAGAAAUGAAGUUACAAAAGCGGCUGGGCCACUGGACUGUAUAGUAUGUAGCUGUAGGUACAUGACAGGAACUGUAGCAUGUAAGAGUGCAUCAAGUGACAUGUUCGGUCGGACAGUAUGCAUCGCCUGCUGAAUCGUCCACUUCAUACAGUUUCCCAUAUUUAUAUUGAGACUUAAUGUAUAAUUUCUUCUCACCGUUUUAGACCUUAAGUGAAUUUAAAACAGAUCUGGGUCACGUUGAAACACAGAAUGAAGUCUCUUUGUCAAGACUGUAGUAAUCUCUACUUAAUGAAGGGAUAAAUAAUUAAACCAGUUGUAAAACGUGUGUUACACUAGUUUUGGGACAUGGCGCAUUGUCCAGUAUUCUGAACCGUAGAACUUAAUGUUUCAGGGAGCUGGUUCUGCUUGAUCAUCAGAUGAGCGGCCUCUAGAUUUGGGUCCAUUAGCAAGAGCUAAUGCCAACCUCUGGACCUCAGUGGUGCUUACUGUUACUGCCUCGUAUCUUUAGCUGUGGUAAAGGGGUUGUACCAUCUCUCGCGGAGCGGGGGGUAGCAGUCUUGUCAGCCUAAGUCAGCGUGGGUACUACCAGUUUGGAAUGUAGCGUCUUGGAGUGUGGUCAGGUGUAUAGUACUACUCCUGGUCUCCGUAGGCAAUGUUUUCCGCUCGGGGAGUAGGUCUGAACGGCCGCACAGCAAGGGUAUAGCUUCGUGUGCACCACAACAGUGUUUGCCUUUCUGGGCGGCUAAAGUUGUCAGGCAGUAACAGUACUCAGUUGAGUUAGAAAGAUCUAAUCCCAGAUAUUAGACCAGUGAUAAUAGAAUACUGGACAGUGGAUGAAAUCCAGAAAAAUGUAAAUACUGAGCAAAUGAGUAUUUAAAGCUUCUGUGUUUAAAACGUGACAUUCAGAACACAAUCUGAACAAAACAUUUUCAUGUCAUGUCCAAAGUGACUAGUUAUGUGGAUAUUUCAGAAAUGCAUGGAUCUUAGUUAUAAAUGAGAUUUCAAAAUUUUAUCUUGUAUUUUUUUUAUAUGUGUAAGAUUUUCAACAGGAACUGACAAAUUUUUGUUUUACGGAUUUAUAUAAAUAUAUUUAUGAUUGGUACAGUGUACUUAGCAGGUACCAUGAACAGAAUUAUGCUCAUAUGUUCUCUCUUUUUCUGUUAUAAAAUGUCCAACAAAAUAUA